GUCCCGGAUCAAGGCUGAUGCCAUCUCAGCGACUUUGGGUGCUGACCUCUCCCAAUGAUCGGUGUCCUGAGACAGAGGAAGAGCAGGAAGCUGGUUUAGAUUAAUCGUGCUGAGAUAAAGUUUGUUCUGGUGAAUCUACAGAAGAGCAACGACACUUUCAUGGUGUGUUUCAGACUCUCCAUGAUGAGUCGCCCACAGAGCUCCACAGAAGGUGAAGCUGCUGCCUCUCAGCAUGAAAAACCAAACAGGAAGUCAAAUCUGCUUCUCUGGGCUCUGCUGGCUGCCGCUCUCAUCAUUAUCUACAGACUCGCUUUUGAUAAAAUUAGAGCCAACAAAACUCUCCAAACCCUGAAGGAGGAGAAAGGAGCUCUACAGGAGGACAUUAAGGUUCUAAGUGAGGAGACUGAAGCUCUGAGAAAACACAUCUCAGAUCACUUUUGUCUGAAGUUGGACAGAAACUGGGAGAAACAUGGAGACAAGUGUUAUUAUUUCAGUAACAUUAGCUUAUCCUGGAAAGAGAGCAGAAGUUUCUGUGAGGAUCUGGGAGCAGACCUGGUGAAGAUCGACAGCAGAGAGGAGCAGGAGUUCCUGGUGGAGAAAGUGGAAACCGUUGUGAUGGAUGGUAUUUGGGAAAGUUUCUGGAUCGGACUGACAGACUCAGAGGUAGAAGGCAACUGGACCUGGGUGGACGGAUCUCCACUGAACAGCAGAAUGAAGUUUUGGUUAGAAGGACAGCCCGAUAACUCUAAAGCACGCAGUGCAUCUGGAGAGGACUGUGUGACGAUUUUGACGAGAGGAGCUGAAGAUCUGAACAUCUGGAAUGAUGACGUCUGUAUCUUAGCUUAUAAAAGUAUCUGUGAGAAACCAGCAGGAACUGGACUGAGUUCAUCUGUUUGUGGCUGAAGUUCAGUUCAGUCUCUGGAACAACCUGAGUCCAGGAUCCAGGAGGAGCAGAGAUGAUGUUUGUAGAAAGUUCAUCUCACAAACAGCUGAAGCUUCAUUUUAAAUGUGUGGAAGAGAAAAAUGUUAUAUUUUCUCACAUUUUCUUUUUUCUUCUUUAGCUAAAAUACAAAAGCCUAACCCAUAAAUAAAAAACAAUUCAAUCAUAAA